CACCAGGAGGUUAUAAAACCACCCACGCUGUAGUUUUUCCAACCACCUUCCAUGCACAAAUUAUCCGGCAAAUAUCCCCUUUGACUGCCCUCAGCGGCCGUUGGAGCAGUGGGUCAAACAACGACGCUAACACUGGAGCUAUAACGUUAACAACGGGAGCUCCCGUUAACAUCGCUACAGCGAGCGUACCAGCCAGCGCCGUGUCAUCACUUCUGACGCUCUCUGAAACCACUCGGUUUCGGAGAAGGGCAAAUUGAUACAUCGCAAAAUAAAAACCACUGCCGCCGCACAUCCUCCCAAGGAACUCAAUCACCAGAAUCAAAGCAAAAAUGGUGCAAAACAAGAUCACCGAAGUCACUGGAUUCCACCGCUCUUUCAAGGGCCAAAAUCCAUUCGAAUUGGAGGACUUCACCAAGAAAGGGUCCCAUCACAUUGAUUCAUUUAAUUUCGGUUCUGCCCAAAGACAUGACAUGCCUUCAAGCCAGCCUAUUGACAUUCCUGAUGCCAAGAAGAGAAACAAGAAGAAAAAACGUUGCAGAGCAACGGACAGUUUCUCUGGACGAUUUGAGGAUGUCUACAGGCUCCAGGAAGAAGUACUAGGGGAGGGCGCUUACGCUAGAGUGCAGGCUUGCAUCAGCCUGAUCACCAACAAAGAAUAUGCUGUGAAGAUGAUUGAAAAAGGACCAGGUCAUAGCCGCAGCCGUGUCUUCCGUGAGGUUGAGAUGCUUUACCAGUGCCAGGGCCACAGGAAUAUCCUGGAGCUGGUGGAGUUUUUUGAAGAGGAAGACAAAUUCUACCUGGUGUUUGAAAAGCUUAGAGGAGGGUCAGUCUUGGAACAAAUUCACAAGAGGCAGCGCUUCAGUGAGCAGGAAGCCAGUGUUGUUGUGCAGGACAUUGCCAGUGCUCUAGAUUUCCUGCAUAACAAGGGGAUGGCCCACAGAGAUCUGAAACCUGAAAACAUUCUCUGUGAGAGUGCAGACAAGAUUUCUCCAGUCAAGAUCUGUGACUUUGACUUGGGCAGCGGGAUCAAACUGAACAGUGACAGCUCGCCCAUCUCUACCCCCGAACUCCUCACUCCUUGUGGCUCAGCAGAGUACAUGGCACCUGAAGUAGUUGAGGCCUUCAGUGAAGAGGCUACAAUAUAUGACAAGCGAUGUGACCUGUGGAGCCUUGGUGUCAUCCUCUACAUCAUGCUGAGUGGUUAUGCGCCCUUUGUGGGUCGAUGUGGUGGUGACUGUGGAUGGGAAUUUGGAGAGCCCUGUCACACCUGUCAGAACACUUUGUUUGAAAGUAUCCAGGAAGGAAAAUACGAGUUUCCAGAGAAGGACUGGGCUCACAUCUCCUCAAGUGCCAAAGACCUGAUAUCCAAACUUCUGGUUAGGGAUGCCAAAAAACGUCUGAUUGCCAGCCAGGUGCUGCAGCACCCUUGGGUGCAAGGGGGAGCAUCUGACACUUUAUCAACAUCCAUCAUCCAUCAGAGAACCAGCAGUGCCAUGGAUUUAACAUUCUUUGCUGACAAGGCCAUGGCUGUAAACCGGCAGCUGGCUGAACAGGAUGGUAUGGAGGAGCAGCAGCAGCAGGAAGUCCAGUUGGUCGUCGCUGCUAGUGGCUCCGUGGUGCGCCUCUCACGUCCAUCCAACUCCAAAAUGGCCCAGCGCAGGCAGAGAGGCAGCCAGUUAAAGGGAGGCCCUGUCUCUGCUGCAGAGCUCUGCCAGCUCUUGGCCCCUCUCGUCAUUGUGGGAGACUGCGCUUAAACCUUUUCAACCUGGAGUUCUGAACCUCAAUUACAAGAACUCUCUGGACUGGACUACUCUGAAUCCCCUCCUCCCCAGUUAUGGCUCCUCUCUCUUUGACUCUAGGUUCCACUGCAGUCUGGCUUUGAUGCCGACCUGUGAAGAUGGAUGGCGUUUGCAGCCGUCCCUCUAAAAUGCCUUCUAUCCUUAUGCAGCACAUCUACACAGGACCUGCAUAUAGCACAUUCAGGUUGGGGAGGAGGUCCAGUUCAUAUUUUGGGAUAGCAUUUGUUGUUUUUCUCCUACAUACGCCUCAGUUUAGAAGCCAGAACUUUAAAACUAAGCUCAGACACCAAAGGACAAUCUGUUGUGCUGCUCCCAUGUUACAACUGGAUCCACUGUGAAUUAAGUUAUCUGGAAUGUUCAUUUUGCCUGUAUGUACACGCAUGAACGGCCCAUCUGCUGAUACAUACAAGCUUAUGCAAUAUGCCAAUAUGAAGGCUGUUCUGUCUCAAAAGGAUUUUGUAUCCAAGGGGUUGAAAGGGCUUUAAGCCAGUUCUGUCUGUGCCUGGUGCGGUCCGUUCUGUGGCUAGAGACUGCUCAGAUUUAAUAUUUUUUUGCUCCCCGUUCUAUAUUGAUUUCCUCACAUCUGCACUUCUGUAUGUGUCUGAAAUAGAACAUGCACGCAGCCUGGUGGCCACGCACUUAUUGCUUUAAGAGGUCCCUUCUCUGUUGUACUGAUCCACAAUGUUAUCUGGCCAUACAUGCCAAAUUAUCAUUGGCCACAGCACUUGUUUUUUUGAGACAUUCAAAGCAGGUCUGAUGGUAUAAAAUUGAACCGCUUGAUGUGGCGCAAUCAUCCAGCUGCCCUGGACAGAUAAAAAAAUUGUUUUUUGUGCUUGUAUCACUGGUCUGUUGGUGUAGGCUAAUUUCAGGUUCUCAAAUAGCAUAGCAAGUGAAAUUGGGUCAGUGUUACUUUCUUUGUAAGGAAUCCAUGAUGUGUCCCCCUUUUCUUUUUUUUUUCUACAAGCAGAAUUUGUAUAUAAAUAUUUUUUUUCUACUGAUAAAUUUGUGCAUUUGAUAUUUAACCUUAAAUAUAUUGCAAGUAAAGGUUAGAGCUUCUUUAAGGGGUUUGGGAAAAGCACAUGGCCACUGUGACCAGAGUAUCUUUUUUUUUUUUUAUCUGAUUCAUUUACAGUUUCAACCAUUCUGUUUUUUGACACACACAAGCCCGUCGCAGAACACAACACUGCUUUACAAAUAAAAGGCUGGUUUCAGAAAAAUUAUUUUAAAAAAAGGAAAAAACAUUCCACAAAAAAAAAAAAACCUUAAAAAUUAGCUGUAUUAUAAGCUUCUAUUUCAUGUUCUGACAACUUCACAUCAAUGUGCCACAUUUUUAUUUUUUAGAUGACUGUAUUGUCAUGGUUAUUUUUUUUUAUCCUGGUGCUGUUCAGCUAGAUAAGGCACCAGAAAUUGUGCUUUAAUUUCUAUUCUUUUUAUCUUUUAUUGUUUAAAUCUCUUGAGUAAUGCUGUAUAUGAGGUGAGAUGUGAAGCUUGUUUAAUUAACCUGGAGCGUUCAUGCCCAGCAAAGGCAAGUUUUUGCUUUAUUUUAUUUUUUAACGUGUGAAAGUUGGUAAUUGUUCCGAUUACGUUAAAGCUCGUUCCGUGAGUGACAAGUAAUGGGCUGGUGAUGACGUCUCAGCGCUGUAGCCGUUUCACCAAAGAAGGUUAAAGUUGUGACAACAUGUAAUCCAUCAUGUAGCAUUGAGACGUGGGGAAACUGCCUCCAUGUCCUGUUAGCAGCGCUGUGGUGAUGGUACUCUGGAAACAGUCUCUAAAGGACCCUUUAUGCUGAUAAUAGGGCACUGUAAUAGUUCUAAAUACCUUUCUACAGACACAUCAUUACAGGGGAUUUAUGUCUUAUAAUAAGACUUACUUGAAGUUAUAUAUAUGCAGCUGUUUCUUCUCCAGGUUUGGAAACUACUUUGCUAUCAAUCUUAAAGCAUUAAGCUGAUGAUCCAGACAGUCUUUGGGGUUUUGAAGAUACCUAUACUUUUCAGUAUUUUUGCCUUUUUCUCCCUUUUUAAGCUUCAUCCAAGUUGUUCCCUAUUUUGACGGGGCUGGAAACUUGUUGACGCGCACACUUUGGCCAUACUCUGUAAUAUCCUAGCAGAGUUUUGUUGGUCAUGAUCAUUUCUAAUGUGUCCAGUGGCAGUUUUUGUUUUGGUCUCCCUUUGUUUUUGGGGGGUAAAUUAAACCUUGCAGCCUCCAGUUUUGUAUUGUUUGUCAAAAAGUGUUAAAAUACAGUCAUUCAAAUGGACAGUAUCACAAGCGUCCCCACAGUUUGAAUGUAGCCUGCAGACGAGGCAUCUACAAUCCUGCAACAUGGAUCAAAUGUCCAACAGCUCUCUCCUCGACACGAUGAGGUGUUAGUCUGUCAUACCGAUACAGUCCACAAACAUUUUAUUAAACUGAUACCUAAUUUUAACACUGAAAAGCCCCAGGGCCUACUGUGGUCAGGGGAGAAAUUUAAACUAUAAAUGUCCUUUUUAAAUAUAAAACAUUUUUGAUUUAAAAUAAGCACUUUACUGUACCAUGUGAAUGAUUGCGGUUCACUCAAGGCAACACUUGACAGUUGCAACAGAAUUUUGUAUUGUUUUUCUUAAGGAAAAAAAAUAAUGCAAUAAAAUGCUUUGAACAUUG